ACAUGACGUCACGGUUUCGCUGUGACUCAUGUUGUCAUGUGAGGCAAAGCCGGUGAGAUGUUAACCGGUAGACUUGUUCAACCAGGAAAUCAACGUGUGUAAACAGGAGCUGCGGUGGAAGAGUGUUUAAAAUAUUAAGAGAAAAUAAAUAGAAAAGAAUCGUUUGGCGUCACUUUCUGAAUUUGGUUUCUUAAAGGUCGGGGCCUUCCUCCGCUCGCCAUGGCAUCCUUACUGAAGAAGAAGACUGUAGAUGAUAUAAUAAAAGAACAGAACAGAGAGCUAAGAGGAACACAGAGGCAAAUUGCAAGAGAUCGAGCUUCACUGGAGAAACAGGAGAAGCAAAUGGAGCUAGAAAUUAAGAAAAUGGCUAAAACCGGCAACAAGGAGGCAUGCAAAAUUCUAGCCAAACAACUUGUCCAGCUCCGGAAACAAAAAAACAGAACCUAUGCUGUGAGCUCCAAAGUUACCUCAAUGUCUACUCAGACUAAAGUUAUGAGCUCCCAAAUGAAAAUGGCGGGAGCCAUGUCUACAACUGCAAAGACAAUGCAAGCAGUCAACAAGAAGAUGGACCCACAAAAGACUUUACAGACAAUGCAAAAUUUCCAAAAGGAAAACAUGAAGAUGGGCAUGACUGAAGAAUUGAUUAAUGAUACUUUGGAUGAAAUCUUCGACGAAUCUGGGGAUGAAGAAGAAUCGCAAGACAUUGUAAACCAGGUUCUGGAUGAGAUCGGCAUUGAAAUUUCUGGAAAGAUGGCAAACGCCCCUUCAGCCGGCAGAAACAUGCCCAUAGCAUCGACAUCUAAAACUGCUACGAUUUCUGAUGAAGAGAUUGAGAGACAGCUAAAGGCUCUUGGUGUAGAUUAAUCUGCACGUCUGCUGUUUUGCAAAGAUGUGAAUGUUUCUAAAGCAUCUGGCUUGAGCAGGGCGGAUCCUUUAAUUUUACUUAAUGGGUAUUAAGUCUGGUAAAAAGGGUUUGUGUAAUGCUAAUAAUAAAAAUAAUACAAUCGCUGUUAAGUAUUUGAUUAAAGAAAUUUGAAGGAAUUACAGUAGGCUAUUGCUAUUGAUGGGCAGCAAAAAAAAA